UAUGAUUGUGUAUGACUUUCUUCUGUGGAACAUGACAUUUUAGGCUGUCAUCUACCUGAUAUUCUCAAUUCUAAAGAAAGUAUCAGGAACAACAUGAGGGUGAGUAAACGAUGACAGAAUUGUUUAUUUUGGGUGAACUAUUCCUUUAAUGGCGGAAAGAAACUUGCAAUGCAAUUUUACUGUUUGCCACAAGAGAGCGGCAAUGUGUUUGUAAUCCAAACAGGCUUCACGUUCACGUUUAAGAGCUUGUGUAUUUAUGUAUUGCUGCAUUUUUAUUAUGUGUGUUUAUAUGUAUGUUAUAAUAUUCUAAGUGUGUAAAGAAAUAUUUUCAUUGCGAUUUGCAUUUUUGUUGCACUUUUCGUUGUUACUUCCAAUCCAUAUACAAAUAAUAAUAAAAAAAAAAAUGCGGAACUUUGCAAAAUCCGCGUUUCUGUACGGGCUGUUAUCAAUGUAACACACGUUUUAUGCUAACCGCGGGCUUCAAUCUACCUACAGAGGAGCUGUCUUACAAAACUCAUUUUCAAUCUAUUGCAUUUGACAAGGAUGACAGUUUUUUGUAUUUGACAAACAGUACAAUCACCAUGAAUCUUGACAGGCUUCGUAAAAGAGUGAGACACUACAUUGAUCAGCAACAGUAUCAAAGUGCUCUGUUCUGGGCUGACAAAGUAGCAUCCUUAUCACAUGAGGAUCCUCAAGACAUUUAUUGGUUAGCACAGUGCCUUUAUUUGACAGCACAGUAUCACAGAGCCUCUCAUGCGCUCAGAUCUCGCAAACUUGACAAGUUGUAUGGAGCCUGUCAGUAUCUAGCUGCAAGAUGUCAUUAUGCUGCCAAAGAAUAUCAACAAGCUCUAGACAUCCUGGACAUGGAGGAAGCAGCCAGUAAAAAAAUAUUGGAGAAGAAUGUAAAAGAGGAUAAUGGCUCAAGGGAAACCGUGAAGGAAUGGGAAAUGUCUCCUGCCUCAAUCAAUAGUUCCAUCUGUCUCCUGCGGGGGAAGAUCUAUGAUGCCAUGGACAACAGACCCCUAGCUACGUCUAGCUACAAAGAGGCCUUGAAACUGGAUGUCUACUGCUUUGAAGCUUUUGACCUUUUGACGUCUCAUCACAUGCUGACCGCCCAAGAGGAGAAAGAUUUCUUGGAUUCUCUACCCUUAAGUCAACAAUGUACAGAAGAGGAAGUGGAAUUGUUGCGCUUUCUGUUUGAAAAUAAAUUAAAGAAGUAUAACAAACCCAGCGAGAUGGUCGUGCCAGAAAUAGUCAACGGUCUCCAGGACAACUUGGAUGUUGUUGUCUCCCUCGCAGAGCGACAUUAUUACAACUGUGACUUUAAAAUGUGCUACUCUCUUACAUCAAUGGUAAUGGUGAAAGACCCAUUUCAUGCAAACUGUUUACCAGUGCACAUAGGAACCCUUGUUGAGCUAAGCAAAGCAAACGAGUUGUUUUACCUGUCUCAUAAGCUGGUAGAUUUGUAUCCCAGCAAUCCAGUUUCAUGGUUUGCUGUUGGUUGUUACUACCUCAUGGUUGGGCAUAAAAAUGAACAUGCAAGGCGGUAUCUGAGUAAAGCAACCACGCUGGAGCGCACGUACGGACCAGCAUGGAUAGCAUAUGGUCACUCGUUCGCUGUGGAGAGCGAACACGAUCAGGCCAUGGCUGCAUACUUCACUGCUGCCCAGCUCAUGAAGGGAUGUCACCUGCCCAUGCUGUACAUCGGUUUGGAGUAUGGACUCACUAACAACCCCAAGCUGGCAGAACGUUUCUUUAGCCAGGCCCUCAGCAUUGCUCCGGAGGACCCCUUUGUCAUACACGAGGUAGCUGUGGUCGCCUUCCAAAAUGGAGAUUAUAAAACAGCCGAGAAGUUGUUUCUAGAUGCUAUGGAUAAGAUCAAGGCCAUUGGGAAUGAGGUGACCGUAGACAAGUGGGAGCCGCUCUUAAAUAAUUUGGGCCAUGUGUGUCGAAAAUUGAAGAAAUAUGAACAGGCUCUCGAAUACCACAGGCAAGCGUUGGUUCUCAUCCCACAGAAUGCCUCCACUUACUCAGCCAUCGGUUAUGUGCACAGCCUCAUGGGAGAUUUCGAGAGUGCCAUUGACUACUUUCACACUGCACUUGGCCUUAAACGAGAUGACACAUUUUCCGUAACCAUGCUGGGUCACUGCAUUGAGAUGUAUAUCAGCGACUCGGAUGCUUACAUUGGAACCGAUAUUAAAGACAAAGUGAGAAAGACGCUCAGCACGCCUGCACUGAUGAAGAUGCUCAACACUUCUGCCGACGGCAAUGAGAGCAGGGCACAGCCCGUAGAAGAGGUGAACGUGUGCCUGGAAACGCAGUCUUUCACCGCUGACAAACAAACCGACGCUUUCCAGCGCUUCCUCUUAGAAUGCGACAUGCAUGAGAGCGAUAUGAUGCUGGAGACGUCCAUGUCUGACACCAGCACGUGAUCGAGACCUAUAAAUGGGUCAAAGAGGAACUUUGAGCAUGAGUUGAUGAUAGAAUGUGACUCUAAAGAGGACACAAACAAAACACACGCCCUCCCUCCAUCCGCCAGCCCUGCCGUGUCCUCCGUGUUGGACCCCUGUGGAUUUUUUUUUUACUAUGAAUAAAUGUAAAGAAGUGAAUGCAAAAGGGUCGGAUGAUCGAAUCAAUAAACCCUGCAUCCAUAUUUUUACACAGAUUUGUGUAUUCUCAUUGGUGCUCUAUUAAAACGUCUGUUUUGUGGAUGAGGCUGAAAGAAA